GGAUGGUAGCCACAGCAUUGUCAUUGAAAUCGAAGAUGAGGACGAGGUAACGUACGAACUGACGUUCACUUCCACCUCCAAUCCCAGCAGAUUCGUGGUGGAAGGCCGUCUCGACCCCCGCUCUGGGAGCGUGGGCUCGGACUAUGAGGAAACGUCCGCGACGAUGACGGUAGGCCAGAUCGUGAGGCUUCUGCAGAGGUACACUGUUGCGGAAGUUGCAGCAACGGGCGGCGAAAACCCCGUUCGCUUCCGGCAAGAAAACUUGCUUGGGGCCGAGAAUCAAGCCCGCGUGCGCGAACAGAGAUUUGCCCCCAGGCUUCCGCGAUAUGAGCAGCUUUCAACUGGCCAGGGGGUCAUUACGAACGCCACGAACUGGGGCUUUGGGGGCGGCGUGGAAUGGGCCGACUCGCCUGUGUAUCUGAACAGUGAUGUUGACCCGAGAGACAUGCACGUGCGCCACGUCAUCCCGUAUGACAUCAUCGAGCAGGUCAGACGAAGAGGCAACAGAACCGUGCACGGGUUUGACGUUGGGGAUUGA